UUCCCAGCACAGUCUCUGAUGUAACUGACAGUGUACAUUUGCACAAACAAGCUACAAGAGAGAGUCUAGCUACCCCUGUGCCUGUCAGUCUGGUCACCAGGGACUCCUCCAUGUGCAAUAAGAAAAGUCCUUGAUUUCCAGAACCAUAUGCUAUGAACAACCAGUCCUGAACUGUUACCGAGUUCCAUCACCCUGAGAGCUUUCUAAGGAUUUAUUUUCGUUCUAUCAGAAAGAACCAAUAAGAUGACAGUCACUUAUUCCAGUAAAGUAGCCAAUGCCACUUUUUUUGGGUUUCAUCGACUACUCCUCAAGUGGAGAGGAAGCAUCUACAAAUUGCUAUACAGAGAGUUUUUUCUGUUUGUAAGUUUGUAUACUGCGCUCAGCAUUACAUACAGAUUCUUUCUUGCAGAUGCACAAAAACGUUACUUUGAGAAAAUUUCAAUAUACUGUGACAGAUAUGCUGAGCAAAUCCCAGUAACAUUUGUGCUAGGUUUUUAUGUUACACUAGUGGUGAACCGAUGGUGGAACCAGUUUGUAAAUCUUCCUUGGCCGGACAGACUUAUGUUCCUAAUCUCCAGCAAUGUCCACGGCAGAGAUGAAUAUGGACGUUUACUCCGAAGGACACUCAUGCGUUAUGUAAACCUUACUUCUUUGCUGAUCUUCCGUUCUGUCAGUACUGCUGUUUACAAAAGAUUUCCAACUAUGGAUCAUGUAGUAGAAGCAGGGUUUAUGACUUCAGAUGAAAGAAAGCUGUUUGAUAGUCUUAAAUCUCCUCAUCUUAAAUAUUGGGUGCCGGUUAUUUGGUUUGGAAACUUGGCAUCAAAAGCUCGAACUGAAGGAAGAAUUCGUGACAGUAUUGAUCUGCAGAUGAUAAUGGAUGAAAUGAACCGCUUUCGGUCCUGGUGCAGUCUUCUCUUUGGAUAUGACUGGGUUGGCAUUCCUCUGGUUUACACUCAGGUAGUGACGCUUGCUGUCUAUACUUUCUUCUUUACCUGUAUUAUUGGACGCCAGUUUUUAGAUCCUAAGCAGUCAUAUGCGGGACAUGACUUGGAUCUGUACAUUCCAAUAUUCACUCUGUUGCAGUUCUUUUUCUAUGCCGGUUGGCUUAAGGUUGCUGAGCAACUUAUUAAUCCAUUUGGUGAAGAUGAUGAUGAUUUUGAAACUAACUGGUGCAUAGACAGAAAUAUACAGGUCUCCCUUAUGGCUGUAGAUGAAAUGCACAUGAAUUUACCAAAGAUGAGUAAAGAUAUUUAUUGGAAUGACUCUGACGCCCGACCACCAUACACUCUAGCAGCUGCUGAUUACUGUAUUCCUUCAUUCUUGGGAUCAACUGUUCAUAUGGGGCUAGCUGAAUCUGUAUUUCUUCAUGAAGAUUGGCUACUGGAGGAAGAGAAGCACAGACGACAGAAUUCAGUCAUGAAAAGAGUGAAACGAUUCUUGAGUAGUCACGAGAAUCCAGACUCUCCUAGUCAUGGUGGUUUCAGCCGCCAAGGAAGUGAUACUUCUAAUCUGUUUUUUCCUGGUGGUGAUACAAAUUCUUUCAGAGGCUACCAUGAUAUUUCAUCCAGAGGAAGACUCUCCAGAAGGCGUGAAUCUUCAGAAAGGAAUGCAAAGCAUAAUACACCUAAGGGAGAUCUUUCCAUAAUUCGGGAGGCCAGCAGGUCAAAUACCUCAGAGAGGCAACUAUCUAAUGACAAUGAAUUGUUACCUAAAAUAACUUUGCAAGUCCCUCAUGUAAUGGUCACAGAGGCUGAUGACAGAGUGCAAGUCACAUACAAUAAUACUCUUUUGCAAUCAAAACCACCAACAAUCAAAAAUACAGUGGGACAUAUUGACAUGACGCAGAAGGAUCCUGAUACUAAAGUUGAUGAACAGCUUGUUGAUUUAGAUACCAAACAAGGUGAGCAAGAACAAUCAUUAGUUCAGCAACAACUUCAAAGAGAUGAGCAACCCUUAGCCUCAGUAGCUGAAAGCCAACAAAAGGUGUCGCACAGAUGCAGUGAGCCUACAUUUCCAGGACAAAGUCAAGUUAUACGUCCACAUCCAAACAGAAGUUCUCUGAGAAGCAUUCCCCUUUUGUUGACUUUAGACUCAGAAACAAUACAAACAGAUCAAAAGGACUCAAAUACAAAACCCCAUCUCCAUAUAAAUGAAGAAAUGCUUAACUUAUUAAGAAAUAUAGAUGACAAAGAAACAGAUAUUGUGGAAUUUCACGAUGAAAAGAAAUAAACACUCAGAGAAAAUUAAAUUAUUAAUGCAUUGUAUAAAAGUGUUUAUGCAAUAGUGAUUUUUGUACGACACUUUUCAACAUAGAGAAAAGAUAUCACGCAGUUCCAAAGUAUUUAAUUUGAUGUGGCUUCCCUAUAAAUAAUUUAAUUUUUCCACUGUGAACAGAGAUUUUAUAAGGAAUGACCACCACAAUAAGAAAUUUUAACAACAUUUUAACUGUCUAUAUAUACCAAACUUUAUACACUGAAGAAGCCAUUUCAAGCUUUCAAUCCUGAAGGUCUUUCUUGCAGUAUUAUUUUGUCUUCUGUCCUAGAGUACAGGUUGGUUAACAAAUACUAUCCUGCAUGUCACUUGAAAGCUGAAUUUAGACUCAAUUUUGCCCAUUUAUAAUCCUGAUUGUGUUGAAGGAUUCACCAAACAGUAUUGUUAAUAAAAUCAAUAACUAGAAGAGGAACCAGGAAGAUCAUUAAGAAUGCGGCAUAGUACAUGAUGAAUAAGCACCUGUACUUGAAGAACAGUAAGAAAGUCAGAAAUUUAAUCCAAAAUUUCUAGGCUCACAUCCUAGUUAAGUUAGGAAUGUGAUUGCAGCAGAAUUUGUAUAACACCUAUAUCAAGUUGUACCACAAUCUCAGUCAUUACCUUUUGAGAGAGAACAGAGAGCGAUAUGGAGUGCUCAAUUAAUUAAUAUAUACUGGUGUAAAAUGUGGCAGUACCAGCAAUACAUAAAGGAAACAAAAUUUACGCAUUUUGAAAUGUAAUUGGAGAAAAUAAAACAUUAAACAUAAAACAAUUAAAAUGUAAAAUAACUAUAACAAUCAUUCACCUAUAUUACGAGUUUUACGUUACGGUUUUAAUUUUUAAUGCUGAAAAAAUGGGCAUUUCAACGUAAAAACAGUAACACAGCCAUUACAAGUCUUGCCGGUAUAGCUAUACCGCAAUCAUUUUAGCCUGUAACGCAACGUCAAUCUCACACUCAAACAAAUUAAGUUUUUGUGUGGGAUUUUCAUAGCGUCGGUAUUACAGGUUGUGUUAUGGUCCGGCCAAAAUGCUUGCAUUCCAGCCUAUACUGACACAAUCCAUUCCGCUAUCUGAGAGCAGUAGCUAUGAGUUUUUUACCACAAAAAUGUUUCACAAAACUCAUAACUAAAGUGUUACAAAAUACAUAUAUUGGUAAGAAAAACUUGGGUAGUUUUCCCUGUUUAGGGUGUUCAAAUUGUAAUAGCUUAAUUAAAGGGCCAACCUUUAAUCAUCCAAGGACUGGUAAAAAAUAUUCCAUCAAAGGGCACUAUACCUGUAACUCUGACUUCGUUGUUUAUUUAAUUAAAUGCCCAUGUGGGCUGGGGUACGUGGGGGAGACCUCACGUUGUGUACGUGAAUGCAUUGUCCAGCACAAAAGUUGCAUUAGGACUAAGAAAAUUGAUGCCCCAGUAGCCCAUCAUUUUUUGUCUGCAGGCCAUAACCUUAGUCAAUUAAGGUUCCAAAUAAUUAAGCAGGUUAAAUUCCCCUAGGAGGGGGGGUGAUCGUGUCAAACUUUUAAAAAAACGUGAAGCGUUUUGGAUUUAUGAACUAGGUACGUUAUUUCCAGGUGGCAUGAAUAAAGAAUUAGACUGGUCAAUUUUUCUAUAAAUAUAUUUUUGAACAAUACAUAUUUCACCAUUUGCAUAUAUACUGUGAAUUAUACAAUGUAGUAUUGAUCUAGGGAUACAUUAUGUAUUACAUAUAUGUUUGCACUGCUUAUAUAUAUAUUCUGGCUAUGUGUAAAUUCUCAGUUGCUUUAGAAAAAAUAUUUGCUUGUGAUUUUUUGUAUGACCACUAGGUGGUAGUAUUUGGCAAAGGUAUUGUACCUGUUAUACACAGGUGAUUUAAUUAACUUGGAAGGUGGGACUUAUUUAGGUAUUUAAGAAUGGAAUCAGUGUCUGUUUAAGUAUGCAUGAUUAAGGACACUUGUCCGAAACGUUGCUGAUUUUUGGAAUUUGGCUUAAUAAAAGCACUUUAUUUUUGGUAA